GCAGGGAUCAGGUCCAAUCUGAUGGGAUGAAAGGCCACAACCUACACAGCCCGAGAGCCAUACGCAUCGCAGGCGACAAAGUAUCAGGAAGAGUUUAUUCCAGACGGCCAGGUAUCGAUGGCGACAAGGACGCAAGAGGCAAAAAAAAAAAUAGAUUAGAUAAAUGGCGCCAGAGGCGGGAGGUCGGAUGGGGAGGGAAAAAACAGAUCAGUUCCUGGUUUGGGGGUGACGCUUCGAUGAGGGCGACCUUAACACCCCAUGUCGUCGAACGAAACCACGAGGGUCUUGGGGGGGGUUAGCCACGGGCGAAGUCGAGUGCGGUCAAUCGCCUCCCUGCGUCAAGACAAGAGAAGCGAAGAUCAGAUGGAAAAAUGCCCAAUGGCAUAAUUAGGACCGAGAAUAAAAAGCAUAGAGUGGUAUAUUAGGGGACAAGGGAUACUUUUCGACAAAACUGUCCCCCUUGUGUUCUUUUUUAUUAAGA